GUUUUGGCCACUGAAAAGACAGGAGAGUGACAAGGAGAGAGAGAGGAGAUCGAAGAUAUACGAGGCGCCGUGAAACCCUAACCCUAGCCCAAAGAAAGCGAGGAGGAGGAGGGUUUUGAUUUCGAUUUGGAGAAAGGCAAAAUAGAGGGAGAUUGAAGAGGAUAGGGGGUUUAGAGAGAGAGUGGAGGUUGGAAAUGUCGGGAGCGGGAGAGGAGGACAAGAAACCGGGCGAUCAAUCGGCCCACAUCAAUCUCAAAGUCAAGGGUCAGGAUGGCAAUGAAGUAUUCUUCAGGAUCAAACGUAGUACGCAGAUGCGGAAGUUGAUGAAUGCGUACUGCGACAGGCAAUCAGUGGAUUUCAAUGCUAUCGCUUUCUUGUUUGAUGGCCGCCGCUUGCGCGCAGAGCAAACCCCCGACGAACUGGAAAUGGAGGAUGGGGACGAAAUCGAUGCUAUGUUGCACCAAACUGGCGGAGGUCCAGAAAAUGCAUGAUUAAGUCGUUUUGUUGGGUAGAACUCUGGAAAGAUUUCUGAACAUACUACUUUUGAACGUCGUAAAAUAUGAUUCUCUUUUCUAAAUCUUUGAAGUUAACAAAGUUGCUGUAAGGUUCAAAAUAGUAGGAUCAUAAACUUCAGGAGUUCUAAACCUCUAAUAACCUUUUUAUCCGGUGUUUUAUGGUCUGAUUUUGUGGUUUUGAACUUCUGCUUAUUGUGAUUGUUAACUGCUGAUGUAUCAAAGUUAUCUGAAAAAUGAAGUAUGGUUUGAUCCUA